AUGACAGGAGUCCCUAUUUCCACCCGGCCAGUACCUACCUUCUUCUGCUCUCUCAGCACCUCCCUCCCCCCUCUCUCAGCACCUCCCUUCCCCCUCUCACAGCACAUCCCUUCCCCCUACCUCGGCACCUCUCUUCCCCUUCUCAAAUCCACCUCCCUUCCCCUCUCACAGGACCUCUGUCCUCUCCUCCUUCCCCCUCUCAGUGCACAGUCUCCCCAUCUCUGUCCUCUCCUCAUCCCCUCUCUAAGUGCACUUUCUCCCCACCUCUGUCCUCUCCUCCCCCCUCUCAACGCACCCUCUCUCCCCCCCCUGUCCUCUCCUCUCCACCUUCCCCCUCUCAGUGCACCUUCUCCCCCACCUCUGCCCUCUCCUUCUUUCCCCUAUCGGAGCACCUUCCUUCCCCCCUCUGUCGUCGCACAUUCUUUCCCCCCUCUGUCCCCUAUCGGAGCACCUACCAUCCCCCCUCUGCCCUCUCCUUUCCCCUAUUGGAGCAACUUCCUUCCCCCCUCUGUCCUCGCCUUCUCCCCCCCUCUGUCCUCUCAUCCUUCCCCCUCUCAGUGCACCUUCUCCCCAUCUCUGUCCUCUCCUCAUUCCCCAUCUAAGUGCACUUUCUCCCCACCUCUGUCCUCUCCUCCCCCCUCUCAACGCACCCUCUCUCCCCCCCCCUGUCCUCUCCUCUCCACCUUCCCCCUCUCAGUGCACCUUCUCCCCCACCUCUACCCUCUCCUUCUUUCCCCUAUCGGAGCACCUUCCUUCCCCCCUCUGUCGUCGCACAUUCUUUCCCCCAUCUGUCCCCUAUCGGAGCACCUACCAUCCCCCCUCUGCCCUCUCCUUCUUUCCCCUAUUGGAGCAACUUCCUUCCCCCCUCUGUCCUCGCCUUCUCCCCCCCUCUGUCCUCUCAUCCUUCCCCCUAUCAGUGCACCUUCUCCCCAUCUCUGUCCUCUCCUCAUUCCCCAUCUAAGUGCACUUUCUCCCCACCUCUGUCCUCUCCUCCUUCCCCCUCUCAACGCACCUUCUCCCCCCCUCCGUCCUCUCAGCCUUCCCCCUGUCAGAGCAGGCGCUAUACGCCACCUCCCAUCCCCCAUCCACAGCAUCUCCCUUCCCCCACCCACAGCAUCUCCCUUCCCCCUCUCACAGCUGCUACCUUCCCCCACCCACAGCUCCUACCUUCCCCCUCUCACAGCUCCUCACUUCCCACACACAGCAUCUCCAUUCCCCAUAUCACAGCUCGUCCCUUCCCCCUCUCGCUGCUCCUCCCUUCCCCGGUCCGCCUCUCAUUCCGCAUCUCAAGCCGCCUCUCCUUCCGCCUCUCAUUCCGCCCCUCCUUCCGCAUCUCACUCCGCCUCUCGCGUCGCCUCUCAUUCCGGGUUUCUUUCCGCCCCUCAAUACGCCUCUCAUUACGCCUCUCAUUACGCCUCUCAUUACGCCUAUCUAUUCGCCUCAUCCCGCCUCUCAAUCCGCCUCUCAUCCCGCCUCUCACGCCGCCUGUCGUUCCGCCUCUCGUUCCGCCUCUCGUUCCGCCUCUCGUUCUGCCUCUUUUUCCGCCUCUCCUUCCGCCUCACAUUCCGCCUCUCAUUCCGCCUAUAA